AUGUGCCAUUUAUAUUUCUUCAUAAAAGUACUCAGGCUUAUUUUACAUUCCUCUUUUACAGUCAUCACAAGCCCUCCAGGAUGGGAAAUCGGAAUAUACAUAGCUGGUGCGCUGACGCUGCUUGGUGUGGUGGGUUUAUACCUCUGGAAGCUGUAUAAAUCUGGGAAUUAUCCAUCACCUUCUCCAUUCCCUAACUAUGACUAUAGAUAUCUGAAGCAAAAAUACGGGACAUCUUACUCAGAUGCCAAAAGAAAGCAUGAAAUGGCUUUUUCUUUCUAUUCCCAGAGGACCGUUCAUGGGAAUUCUUCAAACAAUGUGGCGAAUCUAAAUGACACCUAUGAGAGCAUGAAUGAGUUUGGUCCCAUGGAACUGAUCAACAGGGACAUGGAGAUGACACCAUAUGGGAUGUUAAGGAAAUCCGUCUCCACAGAUUCUCUCAGCUCCAUCUCUUCUAUUGGAAAUAACUUUGGCCAGGACUUUACAGUGGGACAGAUAGAAGUGACUAUGGAUUAUCAUGUACAUUCCAACACACUGCAUGUCAUGUUAAUUCAAGGAAAAGACCUUAUGGAGAGGAAAGAGGAUGGAAACUUUGAGUCUUGUUUCGUUCACAUUAGCCUGCUACCUGAUGAACAAAUUGUUGGAAUUUCAAGGAUACAGAGAAAUGCAUAUUCAGUUUUAUUUGAUGAGAAGUUUUCCAUACCGCUCGAUCCGAUGGCGCUGGAGGAAAACAGCCUGAGGUUCGCUAUUUUUGGAAUAGAUGGAGAUGAAAGGAAUAUCAGUACGGGAGUUGCAGAGCUGAAAUUGUCAGACUUGGAUUUGGCUAUGCGACCAUUCAAUACCUGGAUAUACCUACAAGAUGUCAAUAAGGCUGUAGAUGCAGUAGGGGAGAUUCUGUUGUCUCUCAGUUACCUCCCAACAGCUGAGCGUCUCACCGUGGUGGUGGUUAAAGGAAAGAACUUGCUGUGGACAGAAGGAAAGACCACAGCAGAUCCAUUUGUAAAGGUGUACCUGCUGCAAGACGGCAGAAAGAUCAGCAAGAAAAAGACCGCAGUGAAACGGGACGACAGAAAUCCGGUCUUUAAUGAAGCCAUGAUUUUCUCUGUACCAGCCAUAGUACUGCAGGACUUGUCUCUAAGGGUGACAGUAGCAGAAUGUUGUGAUGAUGGCAGAACAGAAAAUAUCGGACAUGUGAUCAUUGGACCUUCAGUCAGUGGGAUGGGCAUGACCCACUGGAACCAAAUGUUGGCCACCCUCAGAAAGCCUGUGUCUAUGUGGCACCAGCUACGACAAAACUAA